CUGGGCGGCCACGGGUGGGAGCCGCUGUACGCAGAGCCUCGAAACCUAGGACUUCUGGGAGCUAAGGAACCCCAGGAGUGGAGCCCGGCCGCGUGGGAGAGACACGCGGUGCUCCCUGCUCUUUCGCUUCUCUCGCUCCGUUUAGGAAGUGGGUGGGGGCGGUGCGGCCGGCGUCCGGAGGCAUUCAAACGCCCGCGUCCGGGAGAAAAUUCACCUGUUUCGAGACAGCGCCUGAGACUUGGAGGGAGCGGUGGCAAGCUCUCGCUCCUGGCACAAUGGGCUGUACGCUGAGCGCCGAGGACAAGGCGGCGGUGGAGCGGAGUAAGAUGAUAGACCGGAACCUCCGCGAGGAUGGCGAGAAGGCAGCGCGGGAGGUCAAGCUGCUGCUGCUGGGUGCUGGUGAAUCUGGGAAAAGUACAAUUGUGAAGCAAAUGAAAAUCAUCCACGAAGCUGGUUAUUCGGAAGAGGAAUGUAAGCAGUACAAAGCAGUGGUCUACAGCAACACCAUUCAGUCAAUCAUUGCUAUCAUUAGGGCCAUGGGGAGGUUGAAGAUCGACUUCGGUGACUCAGCUCGGGCGGAUGAUGCCCGUCAACUCUUUGUGCUUGCUGGAGCUGCUGAAGAAGGUUUCAUGACUGCAGAACUUGCUGGGGUUAUAAAGAGAUUGUGGAAAGACACUGGUGUACAAGCCUGUUUCAACAGAUCCCGGGAGUACCAGCUUAAUGAUUCUGCAGCAUACUAUUUGAACGACUUGGACAGAAUAGCACAGCCAAAUUACAUCCCAACUCAACAAGAUGUUCUCAGAACUCGAGUGAAAACUACAGGAAUUGUUGAAACCCAUUUUACUUUCAAAGAUCUUCACUUUAAAAUGUUUGAUGUGGGAGGACAGAGGUCUGAGCGGAAGAAGUGGAUCCAUUGCUUUGAAGGAGUGACUGCCAUCAUUUUCUGUGUGGCGCUGAGUGACUAUGACCUGGUUCUAGCCGAGGAUGAAGAAAUGAAUCGAAUGCAUGAAAGCAUGAAGUUGUUCGACAGCAUAUGUAACAACAAAUGGUUCACAGAAACAUCUAUUAUACUUUUCCUAAACAAGAAGGAUCUCUUCGAAGAAAAAAUCAAAAAGAGCCCUCUCACUAUAUGCUAUCCAGAAUAUGCAGGCUCAAACACGUACGAAGAGGCAGCUGCAUAUAUUCAAUGUCAGUUUGAAGACCUCAAUAAAAGAAAGGACACAAAAGAAAUAUACACCCACUUCACAUGUGCCACAGAUACUAAGAAUGUGCAGUUUGUUUUUGAUGCUGUAACAGAUGUCAUCAUAAAAAAUAAUCUAAAAGAUUGUGGUCUCUUCUAAGUUUUGCAGUGAAUGGUUAAACGUAUUUUCAAACCAAAUGAGUACUUACAUGUGGAUCUCUUUAGACUAGAGUCUUGCAGCAACACAGAGUGUAGUUAGUAUACAGCAAACACAUCUGGACCUGACCAAAUUUGUUCUGUUAUGUUUUUUUUUAACUGAAAGUUAAAAAAA